UCGCCAUUCAUUCACGAUAAGUACUCUGUAGAACAUCGUGAAGCUACACGUAUCGUAGAAAAUACAAAACGAUUUUUAUACGCUCAACGUUUUCAAAUUAUUAAGUUCGUUUCAUAGAUAGAAAAUUAAUCGAUAUGUCUGCCUGCGCCAAAGUUAACGAUAAUUCCAACGGCUAUCCUUCGAAAGUUCAUAAGGAUUGCACCGAUGUCAAAGAGGAUAGUCAAACGAUCGUGCUUCGACAGCCCGAACAGCUACUCCGACAAGUGCUGGGCGACGAGUUGACCGUGCUCGAUCUUCGACAAUCGUCACUGGUGCCGACGGGUGAAAAUUAUGGCAGCUCGAUGCUCAAAAUCGACGUCGUCGUCAAAAAGAAACCGGACGCAGCCGAGGAGAGGUUGGCUCUGGUGGCCAAAAUGUCACCCACCGCGGCCGUUCUGCAAGAGUGGAUGAACGUCAAGGUAUCGAUGCCGAAGGAAAUUUAUAUCUUCAAAAAAUUGAUACCUACUUAUCGGGAGCUGCAACGAGAGGUCGGUAUCGCAGAAAAAGAUCUGAUCGACGUACUGCCGAAAUACUAUGGCGGCCGAUUUUCGCUCGAUCCGGAUGCUCGCGAAGUCGAUUUCGAUGCCGCGUUACUGAUGGAAAACCUCAAGUGCGUCGGUUACAAAAGUAUGGACAGAAAAACAGGUAUGGACUAUGAGCAUGCAAAAAAGGCCCUCUCGAAACUGGCGGAAUAUCACGCACUCGGCAUCGCUAUGAGAAUAAAAAGGCCAAAGAUCUUCAAAGAAGCUCGCAAAGUGAUUGACAUUAUUCCUUUCGACAUGAAUAUCGAAUUGUUUGCCAAUAUAGGUGAAACUAUUAUGCAAACCGUUUGCAACGAUUCUCGGAUGGCUAUUCACAAGGACCUUGUCAAAAAGCAAAUCGACGAUAAUAAAAAUUUCGAAUGCUCCUACAACAUGGAGGCUGUUGAGCCCUGGCUCACAAUACAUCACGGUGAUUUUUGGGUCAAUAAUAUAAUGUUCAAACAUGACAAGGAAGGACCAGUUGACGUUAAGUUCGUCGAUUUUCAACUCACUUACUCCUGCAGUCCCAUGAAAGAUCUUCCUUAUUUCCUCACUGCCAGUCUGUCCAUCGAGACAAUUAACAACCAUUUCGAGGAUUUAAUCGAUAUCUAUCAUGAAAAAUUCAUCGAUACAUUGAUAACGCUCAAAUGCGACACGACGCCGUUUCUGCGAGAAGAAUUCGACAAGCAGCUCCGGUACGACUCUAGCAAUCAGCUCUACAAAUGCAUGGCGGCUCUGAAGUUCUUUACCAUGGAUACAGCUGAAAAUAAUAUUGACUUGAAUGACCUGAAACAAACCGUGGUACAGUCCAAGUCAAAUACUACAUUCAUCGACCGUCUAUGUCGAAUGAUUGAAAAGUUCGUCGAAAAAGAAUGGCUGUAACGCGUUUAAAAUUUGUCAAAAAAAAAGUAAAUAGAGUGCUGAACAAUUUGUUUGUUAAUGAAAAUUUUUUAGUAGAAAUUGUUCAUUACUAUAACUAGACGUGAGUCAGGACAGAGCUUUUUAUAGAGAAAGCAAAAAAACAAUUUC